CCAGCCGCGUCGAACUGGGGGUAGUGUCUGAUUCAUUUGUGUCACGCGACCACCGCUCAAAGAGCUGCGGCGCGUUUGACGGCUGGAAGAGCACCUAUCAAAGCUUGUGCUCUCCGCAGUGCGUUUCACACCGAGCCUCUGUGGCGCCUUUGACUCCUCGCCAAGCAGCAGGACAACCACCAUGGCGGAAGAGAAUCUCGUAACUAAGGAGGUCGAGGAGAGCCUCCGCAGACUCAAGUCGCUCUUAGACGACGGCAUCAUCACCGAGAGUGACUUUGAGGAGAAGAAGAAGCAGCUCCUACGUCUGCCACCCGCGAAGCGCGAGGCGCCGCCGGCCGACGCGGCCGCCACGCCGCCCAAGAAGAUGGCCAAGCCGCCGUCGGCCACGCCGCCGCCCGCGCAGCCGGCGAGCAUCGACCUCACGAACGACACCGAGGCCCCUCCGCCGGCGGCCGCCGCCCCACCGGUCGCGCCGCCGGCCGUCGCGCCGCCGGCCGUCGCGCCUCCGGCCGCCGCGCCGCCGGCCGCGCCGCCGGCGCCGGCGAUCGUGCAGCCGCCCAGAGGGAUCUCGACGAACCGGGCCGCCAUGGCCCGCUACAAUAGGCACGAGCGCGACCUGCUGCAGGCGAGGGACGACUGGGAGGCCUUCCUAUCGGCGGACAACGUGGACAGCGGCGACGACGACGCGUCGCCAAAGCAGCUGACCGGAUAUUUCCCUGCUUGGGAGAACGCCAAGUACCUGGAGCUGCUCAACAAGUACGGCGAGCCCAAGAAUGCGAACCCGGAGGCGUUGAGGGCUUUCUCGCAGGAGUUCUGUUAUCGAAAGAAGGCGUCGAUAACGUCGCACCCCAGCUAUUUCAACAAAGGCGCGUACGAUGCCUGGCGCGCCGCGAACGGCGGCAAGUGGGUCGGCUUCACGUGGACAGCCCCGAACGGACUGUGA